AUGGCACAGAAAGGAGUUCAGCUGGACCGAGAAACCUUCUCUUGUUCCAUCUGUUUGGAUCUACUGAAGGAUCCAGUGACUACAGCCUGUGGACACAGCUACUGCAUGAACUGUAUUAAAAGUUUCUGGGAUGAAGAGGACAGGAAGGGAAUCCACAGCUGCCCUCAGUGCAGGACGACUUUCAUACCGAGGCCUGUCCUGGAGAAAAACAUCGUGUUAGCAGCUUUGGUGGAGCAGCUGAAGAAGACUGGAUUCCAAGCUGCUCCAGCUGAUCACUGCUAUGCUGGACCUGAAGAUGUGGUCUGUGAUGUUUGCACUGGGAGGAAGCUGAAAGCCAUCAAGUGCUGUUUAUCUUGUCCAGCCUCUUACUGUGAGAAACACCUCCAACCUCACUAUGAUGCAGCUCCAUUAAAGAAACACAAGCUGGUGGCCCCCUCCAAGAAGCUCCAGGAGAACAUCUGCUCUUGUCAUGAUGAGGUGAUGAAGAUUUUCUGUCGUACUGAUCAGCAGAGUAUCUGUUAUCUCUGCACAAUGGAUGAACAUAAAGGCCAUGAAACAGUCCCAGCUGCAGCAGAAAGGACUGAGAAGCAGAAGGAGCUCGAGGUGAGACGACUAAACAUCCAGCAGAGAAUCCAGGAGCGAGAGAAAGAUGUGAAGCUGCUUCAACAGGAGGUGGAGGCCAUCAAUGGCUCUGCUGAUAAAACAGUGGAGGACAGUGAGAAGAUGUUCACUGAGCUGAUCCGUCUCAUCCAGAAAAGAAGCUCUGAUGUGAAGCAGCAGGUCAGAUCCCAGCAGGAAACUGAAGUGAGUCGAGUCAAAGAGCUUCAGGAGAAGCUGGAGCAGGAGAUCGCUGAGCUGAAGAGGAAAGACGGCGAGCUGGAGCAGCUCUCACACACAGAGGAUCACAACCAGUUUCUACACAACUACCCCUCACUGUCAGCACUCAGUGAGUCUACACACUCAUCCAGCAUCAAUAUUCGUCCUCUGAGCUACUUUGAGGAUGUGACAGCAGCUGUGUCAGAGACCAGAGAUAAACUACAGGACAUUCUGAGAGAGGAAUGGACCAACAUCUCACUGACAGUCACUGAAGUGGAUGUUUUACUGUCACCAACAGAGCCAAAGACCAGAGCUGGAUUCUUAAAAUAUUCAUUUCCUCAGUCCUCCAGAGUAGGAGUGUACCUGGAUCACAGAGCAGGAUGCUUCUACAUUCCUGUGCUGGUUAAGAAGAAAGAGUAG